GUAAAGCUAGCUCGCUAGGUUAGUUUCCUGAGCCAACAUGAGCUCGGAGGUGCUGGUGUCCAGACCUCAUUAUGACGACAGAGCAGUGGCUCAGGGGGUCCCCCCUCAGGAUCCUCCAGUAGCACCGGACAUCCCACAGCCAUCCUCAGGAUCUGCCCCGGCUGGGUACCGCUCAGCUAAGUACACAACGGCUGAGUGGUUCUCCAACUACUACAGCCUUCUCCAGCAGGCCUCCACAGACAACAGUGAAGCAGAGAAGGUCCAGAGACACUCCAGAACCCUGUCCCUGGACACAGAGAGUGACACCCAGCACACACAGGCCCAGGGGACACGCCUGCUGGGGGACAGGCUGCAGGACAUCCACUAUUGGAGGUCUGAGCUACAGCAGCACAUCUCACAGCUGCAGGCUGAUACUGAGGCUCUGUGUGGACAAAAGUUGAGACUGGAGAGGGCUCUGGAUGCUACAGAGAUCCCCUUCGCCAUCAACACAGACAACUUGACCUGCCGCACUAGGAGACCAUUGCCGGACAUGGUCCAUGACACAGUGGAGGAAGAGCUGCUCAAGGAGGUGGACCUUAUCAAAAACAUCCAGGCAUUGCUGAGGAGGACCACAGCUCAGGUGGUCAGUCAAAUCAAGAUAAACAAAGACACCAAGCAGAUGCUGGAGAUGGACUGGUCUGAUAAAUACGAAGCUUAUAACCUGGACGACACAUGUGGGAGAUACAGAAACACCAGUACAGACACAAAACACCACCCGAGCUCGGCCAGCAUGCAGGAUCAGGUGUGUAACCCAGUGUCUUGGACCAAGUUCACUCAGGACAAUCUGACAAAAGCAAUGCAGGAAGAACACGCCACCUACAGCCUCAGAAUGUUGGUGGAGAGAGUUGUGGAGGACACUACCAGAGACAUGAGGGUGCAGUGUGCCAGUGUGGACCAGGCUUUUGCUCAGCGCUGUGACGAGCUAAUUGAGGCCAGGACACAACUGGAGACUAAGCAUGCUCAGAUUUUGGAACAGAUUGGAGCUCAAGAGAGAAACAUUGUGGCUCUGCAGCAGGCCAUACAUGACAAAGAAGCUCCUCUAAGAGUGGUCCAGUCUAGACUGUAUGUACGCUCCCAAAGACCAAACAUGGAACUGUGCAGAGACCCACCUCAGCUCAGUCUGGAGUCAGAGGAGAAACAAAUCCAUACCUCAGUGGAGUCUCUACAGCAGCAGCUGAGUCAGGCCCGGGGCUCCCUGUCUUUCCUGGAAGAGUCACGGAUGGCCAUUGAAAAAGAUAUAGCAUGUAAAACUAACUCAUUAUUUAUCGAGAGGGAUAAAUGCAUGACAAAGAGAAAGAGAUACCCGAGUGUGUCCACGUUAUCUGGUUACUAACAACAGUGUAUUUAUAGAGGUCUAACAAAGAAUUAUUAUAUUGAAUUGAUUAUUAUAUUGAAUUGAAAUAUUGUCAUAUGCAUUUCCUUUUUGAGUCUUUUAUUAUUUACAUAACCACAUUUUUAGCAUUUCCAUAUUUAAUUUUUAGUUUGACUUUACAAUGAGAUAAAGCUUCAUAAUGCGACAUUAAAACCUCAUGUUGUUACUCUUUUAUGAUUCACAUUACAUCUGCUGUACCGUUUGCCACCACUAGGGGGUGAACGAAACCUUCAUAUCUCCAAAUUAAUUGCUACCAUUUAAAUUGUGUGUGAAUUGCAAA